GGGGCUGCUGCCCCUGAACCGGCGUAAAGCAGCAGCAGGAUGUUCGCAGGCUCAGGCUGUGUGCAAGGAAACAUGAGCAGGCGCAGAUAUUCAGAGUCCCGGGCCGCCGGAUAAAACCGGAGGAGGAGACGGCGGUCCGGGUGGUUCGAGCUCAGAAACUCAGGCGGGGAACAUGUGAGCGGGGCAUGGGCGGCUGGGAGCAGGAUUAUUGUUCAGCACAGCCGAGAGACGCAGGAGGGAGCCGGGAAAGGAGAGACGCGGGGACAGAGUUUUUCCUCCACACACCUUUUGAAUUUGUGCGCAGCAGAGGGAGAGAUCUGCGGACCGAGCGGCCAAAGAUGAACACCAUGGUGUUUACCAAGCUGAGCAGCCAGGUCCUGUUCGAGGAGAAGGCGAAGGAGGUGGAAAUGAGCAGCAGAAAUUACCUGGAAGUCAUCGACGGCCAACAUCCAGAUCUCCUCUGCAGAAGCCCGGCCAUCAGAGACAACCAGGCGGUCAGACACAGGCGGAGCGGGGGUCGUCCCAGCGGGGGCAAAGUGCGUCACAAGCGCCAGGCCCUGCAGGACAUGGCACGGCCGCUCAAGCAGUGGCUCUACAAGCACAGAGACAACCCCUACCCGACCAAGACGGAGAAAAUCCUCCUGGCGCUCGGCUCGCAGAUGACUCUGGUCCAGGUUUCCAACUGGUUUGCCAACGCCAGGAGACGCCUGAAGAACACAGUGAGGCAGCCGGACCUGAGCUGGGCGCUCAGGAUCAAACUCUACAACAAAUACGUUCAGGGCAACGCAGAGAGGCUGAGUGUCAGCAGUGACGGCAGCUGCUCAGAAGAUGCAGACAACCCCCAGAGGACACAGAGUGGUCCUGAGGUUCUCAGCAAACCCUUGUACCAGAGCGUCAUCAAGAAGGAGGGCUCCUCCAUGGUGGGCAUGGCCAUAGGUAUGGAUCCAGGGCUGCGUUCUGCCGUGGAGUCCGCCUCUCUGGCCGAGGACUACGUGUCUCCACCCAAGUACAAGAGCAGCCUGCUGCACCGCUACCUGAACGACUCUCUGCGGCACGUCAUGGUGGCCAACGCCGUCAUGGACGCUCGCAAGAGGAACCACUCUGGCUCCUUCAGCUCCAACGAGUACGAAGAUGAGCUGCUGUCUCCGUCCUCCUCUGAAGCUGAGGCCAACUUGGUUUAUGGAGCCGAAACCACAGACCAUGGAUCAAGUAAAUGUGACAAUGGCAGCGGUGGUGUCGCAGUUACGCAGGAGGAGAAGGUGAAGGCCAAAGAUGAGACGUACUGGAAGGAGAUGAACGCCGCCAUGGCCUUGACCAACCUGGCACAAGGGAAGGACAGCGUCUCCGGGACAACCAGCUGCAUCAUCCAGAAGUCCUCUCAUAUAGCUGAGGUGAAGACUGUUAAAAAAGCUGCUGCUGCUGAAGUAUUAGCUCUGACGUUAUCCUCCCAUCCAGAUGUAAAAACCAGCAAACAUUCCACUCUCAGCAAACUUGACAAAGUUCAACUAAACUCCUCUUUAAACGAAGGGAACUUUUACUUAAGGAGGGGAAAUGGGCUCUUUAAAGCCGAAGAAAAAAUCAUUUGGUCUUAUUGAAAUUCCCUUUCAUAACAUUUACCUCCCAUUCUGAUUGCCUUAAUAUUUGCUUUCUUCAAACAAGAAAUGCUUUUUUUGUUAACUUUUCUUAUUAUUUUUAUAUAUACUUUAUCUUUCCCUAAGUGGCUUUUUUUGUUUACCAGAUUAGCUUACUGAUUGUGGACUAUGGAUCAGAGAACAAUAAUGGCAAUUGGGUUAUGAUUCAAAAUGGGGUAUUAACUGGGAGAACAGAGAAGGUACACACCCCUGAAACACACCUGAUUAGAUGAAUAAUUUUAUUUAUUUAAGAUUAAUAUUUUUACUUUAACUACUUUCCUUGUGUCUUUAGUGUCCAAUGGCAACAGAUCUUCCCUGCGCAUGUUACACCCAUUAAAAUAAGAUUUGGAAUUUCAAAUAUGGAAGCUUUUAUUUUCCUUGCCACUCUUAAGCCUUUUUAACAUGUUUUUAAAAAGGAUUUUUUUGAAAUUGCAAAUACAUUUAAAUAAUGCACUGCAUUUCUAGUUCAAGUCCCAUUGUCAAUGUCCACAGUUGUGCCGUGCUCAAGGCACAUCGUUUUGUGGAAAGGGGGAAUCAAUCUCCAAACCUAUUGAUUGCCAGACUCCACGGAGACAAUCUACCACUAACUUGGCCUUAAACAUUCACACUGGGAUGCCGUUGCUAUGGCAAGUUUCCUAUAUGCCUGUAUAAUAAAAUCUUGCCAACCAGAUGGUAAGAUGAAGAAAAAUUUAAUCAAAGUUUCUAAAGACCUUGACAGCUUGUCUGAUUCUAGGGUGGGAUCAGAUUUCUUUGAAUCAAAAUGUUUGCACCCCUGGGCGGUGGAGCUCCUUCGCUUGCUGUUGAUCAGGUGCUGAUGUGAACCACUUGUUUGCCUUAGGCAUUCAUGUUGUGGUUAGCUUUUUGGGGGUGAUUGUUUUGUUUUUGAUCAAUACUGUUUCUCUAGACUGUUGAAUUGAAGUCUUGUCUUGGCAGCCAGUGGAAAGAGUCGGUUUUUAGGGAAAAUACUUUUUUGUAAGGUACAUACGUUAAAUACUUUCAUUGUUAAAAAACAAGUCAUAUCUUUGGGAGACAGUGAAGUAGGCCCUCUGUGUUGACUUUUUAAUUUAAUAUGUUUUCAAGGUACUCUUUAUGUGCUAUGAAACCGAAAGUGUUUCAUAGCACAUAGGUUUUACGACACUCCGACUGUUGUUAUGUUCAAGGACUUUGUGAAAAAGUGAAGCUGCACAGUUACUUGUUUGUCUCGAAUGUUUAACAAUAAUCUGCACUUAAACUUAAUGGCUAAUGAGGUGUUUUCAACAAGAUGAAGGAAAGUUAAAGAAAUGACAGCUUUGCGUUAUUUUUGUUAGUGUGCCUAUAGAAGUAGAAAGAAAUGAGUCAAACUUGCUAAUCCCCAGGGAUCCAAUCAGAACCUUUCAAAUAUCCCUGUUUAUUGUUUGGCUCAUUUGUCGUACUUUCUGCCUUACCUGCCUUUUACAGUAACUAUGCCAGUUGGAGUAUUGAACCUCACUCAGGGAACCAUGGUUUCCUGUCUGUAUUAUUUUAUGGCCAGUCAACAGAACCAUGUUUGGGUCGACAGUGUAGUAAAUAAGUCAGGAAGGAGGAGAAUUGAGGCCAAACAGUGAAGCUUCUUCCAAUCAUUUUGUGGAGUAAAAGGUUCUGUAUCAAUGAACGGAAGUCAUGGUCUAUGAUCCCAACCAGAACUGAUGCUUUAACAGGAGAACAAGG